AUGAAUGAGGCUCACCAUCUCGCACUGGUGCUCGCCGUUGCUACUGCCGGCGCUGCGAACGUCGUGCUACCAUGCAUGACAAACUACACCCUCGCCGUCACUCCGUCCCUCGCAGCGGCGCCACCGCCCUGCAGCUGGCGUCACUAUGCGGCGUUUGCCGCCUCGGUCGGCGAUGGCUCUUGGGCGGACGGCACUGCUCGAGUGGUGACCGACGCCGUGGGCGGCGUCGCCGCGCAGCAGGCGACGGAGCAGGAGCUCACCUCGUCGCUCACGACGGCGCUGACCAUCGUUGAGGCCCUCCGCCUCUCGCUCGGCGACGAGGCGUACGUGAGCCGGACGGCGGCGGUGGACGUGGACGUCGUGGGGUGGGCCUUCGACUGGGUGGAGCGGCCGGUGGAAGAGGGCACCUCCAACACCGUGACCGUCACGCCGUGGGAGGACGUCGCUGCGGCGACGGCAGAGCGCUGGGGAUCCCUCAUCGGCGGUGCGUUGCGCCGGCUGCUGCCGUCGGUCGAGCGCGUGGCAGUCCGCGGGAUCGGGCCCGAGGCGCCUUCGCUCGCGGCGACUGCGAUGCGGCCGGACGGGUGGCUGACCCUCGAGCUGGUCAACGGGGUGUACGCUCCUCCCGCCGUCGCCGCCGACGUCACGCUCCUCGAGAACUCUGGCAUGCACGACGACCUUUGGCCGUCGGAUGGCGGCUGCGUCUCUGACAAGGGCACCUUCGCCGUGCUGACCGCGGCGCAGCUCUCCUCGCGCGUGGCGGCGGGCCGGUUGGGCGGGCUGGGGCUGGGCUGCCUUUGGCGGUCGUCGGUCGAGGCGAUGGUAGCGUCCGGGCGCCUCUUUUGGGCCACAUCGUACCAGAGUCACGAGCACCUCCUCGCCGUCGCCAACCUGCGCGGGGUCGGAGCGACGAUCGAGCACGCCUUCCCGUCCGGCUUCGCCGAGCAGCCCCCCCUCUCCCUCGAACUCCUCUCGCCCUCCGGCUUGCUCGCCGAAGCGCUUCGAGACCCGUACGAGCGAGCCGUCUCGCGCAAGGAGGCGCUGUACGCCUUCACCACCGCGCUGUGGCGCCACCGCAUCUCCGUCGGCGGCUUCGAGCCCACGCCCGCGACCUCUCGCAACGCGUACGUCCUCGCCUUCCGAGGGGCCGCCUCGGCACCGCCGCCCGCCGGCUCGGCGGCCCACUCGGCGUACGACGCCCUCUGGCGGGGGCACAACACCGCGCAGGCUGUCCGGCGCAGGCUGCAGUCCCACGCCUGCGCCGCCGCCUCGCUGCCCGACACGCCGCCCCGCCACGCCGCGGUGCUGCGCGGCGCAGAGUGGUGCGGGGGGCGGGUGCGCUGGCCGGACGAGGAGCCGACGCCUGCUCCGCCGCGAUCGGCCGAGGCCUCCGCCCUCUUCGACUCGGCGAGGAAGGUCGCAGACGGCGGCGACGCGGCGGGCGCGGCGGCGGCGUACCGCGUGGCGCUCAAGGCGUCGCCGUCCGACGCUGCGGGCUGGGUCUCGCUCGGCGUGCAGCUGUCGGCGGUGGACGGGGCGGAGGACGAGACGCUGGCGGCCUUCGAGCAGGCCGUCGCUGUCGCCGAGCCGUCGGACGUUCGCCCGCCCCUCACCCUCGCCCGCUACUUCGCCCGCCUCUCGCGGCCGGCCGAGGCGAUUGCCCAAUUCUACGCCGCCGCCGCGGCGGACCCAGAGUACUUUGACGAGGUGAAGGCCGGCGUCGGGACGGCGCGCGCGCAGCAAGGCCGCCUCGCCGACGCGCUCGCCGAUUUCAAGGCAGCGGCGCGGCUGACGCCGCAGGACGCGCGCCUCGCAAGGGCGGUCGAGUCGAUGGAGCAGUCAGCGGCGCGCCUCGCCGCCGCAUCCGACAGCUUGCGCGACGCAGUACACUCGGUGUGCGGCACGCCGUGCCGCGACGUCGUCGACGCGUCGGGCACCGGCGUCUGCGCAGUGACGUGGGCUCAGGGCUGUGGCGACACUCCGCCGCCGGACGGCUUCUCGGCCGACGCGACAGUCGAGGCGCUCUGCCCGCUCGCGUGCGCCGCGUACACCUUUCGCGCGCAGCUGGGCUGAGUCGUCGCUCGCAGCGGCGCCCCGAGUGAGGGUGGGAGCGCCCCGCGACGCCUUACUUACCAUCGCUAGUCUUCUUUGUAUGAAUACCGUACUCUAAAGU